GGCGUUCUUUCGAGAGAUUCAGGAGAAGAAGAAUAACAAGGAAACUAAGGACGGAGAAGAAGAAGAAUAAUGGAUUUUCUCCUUUAACCUUUCAGUUUUCCAAAUAACUUCGCUCCUCUCUCUCCUCUUAACAAAUAUGGAAGCAGACGGUGAAGGAGUAGUCCCAGUACCUUCCCACUCCCACAGCGUUUCAUCUCCACCGCAUGAUGAUGAUCAUCCUGAUUUUUCACCCGUUGGAUCGCCUGAGUCUCACUUCAUUGACGAUCUUUCUCAGCCGUCUGAUCAACACCACGCCCAAGUCACCGCCACUCUCCUCACCGACGAUCUUCGUAACAAGAUCGUCAAGCAGGUUGAGUAUUACUUCAGCGAUGAAAAUUUGCCUACGGACAAGUUUCUGUUGAAAUAUGUGACGAGAGACAAGGAAGGUUUUGUCCCUGUGAAAGUAAUUGCUUCUUUUAGAAAAGUCAAGAAGCUCACGAAGGACACAGCAAUAAUAGCAGCUGCACUUAAGGAAUCUUCUCUUCUUGUUGUAAGUUCUGAUGGGAGAAAGGUGAAGCGACUUCAUCCUCUUCCAUUAAGUGAGAUUAUAGAUCCCAAGGUUUGUACCGUAUUGGUGGAAAAUUUACCCGAGGAUCAUUCUGUGGAUAACCUUCGGCGCAUAUUUGGACAGGCUGGGAAUGUAAAGCAUAUUACUGUACGUGAUCCACACACUGAAAGAGAUUCGCGAAAAUGCACAACUGCAGAGAAGCUACUCAGUGGUAAGUUGCAUGCUCUUGUGGAAUAUAACACCGUGGAAGCUGCUGAAAAAGCUGUGGCCAUUUUGAAUGAUGAACAGGAUUGGAGAUUUGGCUUGCGAGUCAAGCUUCUCAAGAAAACAAACAAACCUGGCCAAAAUAAGAAAGGAUGGAGAGAUCCAGAUUCUGAUAGGAAUAUGAAUAUCCAAGCAUCUGGUCAGGCAGUUAAUGAAGAAUACCAUUCAAGUGAGCACCGUGUUCUUCAGAACAAGCCUGGCCAAAGUAAGAAAGGCAGGAGCGAUCCAGAUUCUGAUAGGAAUACCACUAUCCAAGCAUCUGAUCUGGCAGUUAAUGAGGAGCACCAUUCAAAUGAGCAUCAUGUUGAUUCACCAGACGAAGAGGAGGGAGACCAUCGAUCAAAGGAGACUGUUGGAGAGCAUGCACAAAAGGAGAAAAAUGAGCAUAGGGUGCAAACCAGAAAUCGAGGCCGUGGAAGAAGAAACAAGCGUGGCACAAACGGACAUGGCCAUGGCACUACUUCUUACAAUCAUGCGGUUGAACCAUCGAAACCUCCUCCUGGCCCAAGAAUGCCUGAUGGAACCAGAGGGUUUGCUAUGGGUCGAGGCCGACCUGUUUCUUCAUCUCCAAGCUAAUGGUGUUUCCUCAAAUGUUUGUGGAUUUUGUUGCUAUGUUGUCGUUGAAAAAUGCUUGGAUUAUGAAUACUGUUGGUUGCUUCUCGAGUUUGCAAAUGAACUCACCGUGUUACUGAGGGUUCCUGGGGACAAAGGUAUAUAAUCUUGUGUUUGCUUUCUGUCAUUAUUGUAUUUUUGUGGCAAGUAUGAUGUCUUUGUUUUGUGCAGUAAUUUAAGGGUUGAGACAUGUGUUUUAAAUAUGCAUUGUGGUACGAUGAUUUGCUUUGUCAUGUACUAAUGUCCAAUCUAAUUUUCAGAGUAA